AUGGGCGGGUUCACGCGGAUCCUCCACUCGGGUAAGCCGGACGACCUCAUGGACGAGAUACCCACCGUCGUCGUGGACCCGUUACCGAAAGGGAUCAAGGACCACGGGUACGUCGUGCUGCACAGGCCGUACGCGUUCAAGCAGUGGCUGGAUACCUACGCCGCGGACAUAGAGGAGGAGUACGUCUUGAUGACGGAGCCCGAUCACCUGUACCUGCGCGGGAUGCCGCUCUUUGCGACGCCGAAUCGGGCGGCGGCGUUUCCGUUCUUCUACAUCGACCCGAAGAAACCCGAGUUUACGCCGAUCGUGCAAAAGUACAACGAGGUCAAGGCGCCGAUCGACGCGUUCGCGCCCAUCGGUAACUCGCCGGUGAUGAUAAGCGUCGAGUCGCUCUCGCGAGUGGUACCCAAGUGGCACGACUUGGCGGUGGCGAUGAAGCAGGACCCGGUGGCGGAUAAGGCUUUCGGGUGGGUGAUUGAGAUGUGGGCGUACUCCAUAGCGUCCGCGCAGGUUGGGGUGACGUACGAGUUGCACCCGGAGAUGAUGUUGCAGCCGCCGUGGGACGAUAGCUUCCGGGUGAAGGGCAAGGAGGCGUACAUCAUACACUACACGUACGGGCAGGAUUUCGCAAAGUCGGGGGAGGCGACGCCGGGGAAGAUCGGGGAGUGGCACUUCGACAAGCGGGACUUCACGGGGUUCCCGCCCAAGGAGAAGAUCCCGAUGCCCCCGCGGGACGCGCACGAGGUGAUCCAGAAGAUGAUGACGAUAAUCAACGAGGGCAUCACCGAGUUGCCGCACUGGCCGUGA